AUGUUCAUGGGAAAUCUUGCCGCUAGGGCCCAGGACUCGGACACGUGCGUGGAGGUGGUUGCGUCUAACCUAGAGGAUGACGACUUCCCUUCAGCGGACACUCUCUACACCAACAGCCUGGGCGACGACGUGCGAGGGGAGUACAUCAGCGAGGACGGGGGGUACUUCAUUUGGUACUCCCCCACAGUUCCCACCGAGUGGACAUCGGAGACGCCAGCUGCUGGCAUUGAGGACUGUAACGGCCUUUGGGUUCUUUCCUCGUACCCCCUGGGCGACAGUUUCACGGACACUGUGUGGUACGAGGCGUCGGAUAGUCCGCAAUGCCAGACAAACCCUGCCGAGCUCACGUCGACGUGGGUCAGGGUGGAAUCGGACGGGGACGUGACUACCGAGACAACAGUAGAAGUCGUUUGCGAUACGCCGGAGGUCGUGGAGGACGACAGCGAUGACGGCCUUUCGAACAGGACUGUUGUCGUCCUGCUCAUCGUCGUCGGUGCGGGUUUCAUGGUGCUCAUGUGCCUGGGGGCCCUGGCGUGCUGCAUCCACAAGGGACCGCAAGCCCCCGAAGAGAACAUCUUGCCGCCUGGAGAGCUCCCGGAGGAAGGCUCCGUCAUCGGCGGAAAGGCGGGGGCCUCCACCGAGCCCGGAUUGCACGCCCAUCCGGAGGUGCAGGGCGCACAACACCCCCAUCCCGAAAACCGGGCGCCCUCGUACUCGUCGAAUAGGAAUGGCACUGUCCCGACGGGAUCACGGUCUGGUCCCUCCGUUAGGUCCAUCGGAUACGCGUAAAAGAAAAGAUUGUCCCAUACUUUGUCCUGGGAUUUCUGGAGCUUUGAACCCGUCGUUGGAUCGAUCCAACCGGCGGAAAAAGAAAGAGUCGUAGGUUUUGUGGCGUCCCCUGUCAAGAUGGCGCGGUGGUUAGCUUUUGGAGGUCUCUUGCUGGCUGAACGAAGAUGUUCAAUGUUGUUCUUUAUCCCUGGGGUUAUUUAUGGGCAGGGGUACGGGGAUGAAUUCAUCGUACUGCAGACUGGGUCGAUUCGAGGAAAAUAUGAACAAUGUUUUUUUGGCUGCUGACUCGCCUGCUGGAGCGGUAAAAAGAGUCGGCGUUUUUGUUACGAUUUGUUCUGCGCUUGACUGUCUGGUACCACUCAGCACAUGUAGAGCUUGCUUGUCGCUUCUGCUCCGCGGCAGGCUCGUUACCAGUUGUCAUACUUCGCGCUUGUCGGUUUGCUGUAGCGUGCACCGAAGGCCUAGCAUCUCAGGCGAUAGGGGCGCGGGGUGGGGGGGGGGUCGUCGAUGCCUAUUUUUUCAUGUAGCAUAGGUAGACUCGGUCUAGUUGAUAACGGCACGUUUAGUGACGGACAAGACGAUGCAAAUAGCGUAGGCAGAAUGAUCCUUGCUUACGUCUGGUGUGAAGUAUUUCAUCACUAUCGUAUCAGCGCAAGUAACCCGAUGAGCUGGCAAGGGCCAGAAGCAGCAGCGGCAGUUGACGCUCCAUGCUGUGUGUGUGUGUGCAUGUGUGUUUCCAUUUGGGGCUUGUGGAAAGUUGUUGGACCACCCGUAGUUGGAGCGUGUGCAAAGGAAGUGAGCGGGUUGACGUUUUUGUCCUCAUUUGUGGUCUCUUUUUUCGCUAUUAGCAAUGUUUUCCCACGUCGGGAAAGCUUCACGACUCCUCGACUGCCGUUAGUCCUCGUGUUUUUGUUGGCUGUUUCGUGUUCCUUCGUGUAAGAUUGUGUUCACCCUUUGCUUCUCUUCUUGGUAAUAUACUGAUUUUUGUGUUCAGACGUUAGAUGUGGUUGUUUGGCUUUACCAGAUUAAAGAAGGGCAGAGUUACACGUAGCUUCAUUCGACAACAUCAGGUGCUGCGAUGGAGACGGUCUGCCCAAAAGCGGCGAAGCGUCGACAGUUUACACCCGUUGUAUUGCCGCCCUUGAGCUACAGAAGGCGCGUGAGAACCUCUUGUUUUGGCCAAGUCUGUGAUUCUUACUUUAGUAGUUCCCACGGGUUAUGCUACGAGUGGCCGCUGUGUAGGUUUUGGUAUAGGUCGUUGUCGAACUCACAAAGGUGCUCAAGUUCCAAGGUUUUGAGUUUCUUUACAAGAGGCCAUCCCAAUCUCUCAAUCAACUGCCAUGUUCUUGAGUGCGGGCGCGUUGUGUAUUCC